AUGGUGCGAGCAGCGACCACUACUUGGCGACGUUCAACAAGUGCGGUUGUAUUCAAUCGCGGGAUAUCAAUUAAUAACAGGUCCAUACCAUCGUCGGCAGCAUCUGCACCUACAACACAAUCAAGUGAUGCAAACGAUGAAUCGGAAAUCUUAAACAAGACAAUUGCUAAUCCUGAAAGCAUUGGCCAAGUAGCUCAGCUCAAGUCGUAUCAGACUUUGGAAACUGCUAAAUUUGAGAGUUUGGGUACUCCACCUACACUUUUGUCGAUUCAUUCGCCGCCUUCAGUUCCCAUUUACUUACGUCGUGGGUCAUUGUUGUCAAUAUAUGGAUUGAGAUCGAGCACCGGCGAGAACAACAGCAGCAACAGCAACAGCAGUCUUGAUGUUGAUGACGGACCCAUAAUUCGAAACACGGUCGAAUUUCCUCAUUGGUGGAAACGGUUUAUCCUAACCGGUAAGAUCCAAGCUUUUCAGAAAUUGAUAUCGACUAUUCCCAUAUCGCUAUUAAUCAGUAGCAAAAAUAAAUCCAAUAGCAACCAGCCUUCCGAUCCAUCAUUUGUCAGUUUGAUACUUGAUGGACUGAAUGAUUGGGCAAUUUUGAACAAGAAUGCAGUUCAAGUGUACACAGGGAAUUCAUUAUCUGUCAGUAUUCACAGUCUACCACGGUACAUUUCAAAGAAGUUGGCCAAGCAAUUGAACAAAUCCGGUGGCGGCGCAGCAGGCAGCAGUAGUGGAGGAGUUUUCAGAGUGGGACUUCGGUGGUUUGGUAAAAGUGGAGGGAGUACCACAACCGCCACUGGUGGUAGCACUGCGCGAGCCGAGACUGGGUUACGUACUUUGUGGAAUAGGGGAUACACCUUGUUGAGUGGGAGAGGACAAGUUGGAGUCGUGGGGAAUGGAGGUGUGUAUCAAUUGGAUGUUGGUGACCAAGAGGAGAUUUUGAUAAACAAGAGGGCAAUUUUGGCGAUUACGGUCAAUGGGCCAUUUGAUUUGGAGAAUUGUGUGUUGAGGGAUAUGUCAAGUGUGUCAUUGCAACAAAAGUCACCUGUAACAGCAGCAGCAGCAGCAGCAGCAACACCAACAACGACAAGCUCAUCUGCAAAUGCGCCAUCGUCAUUGUUGCUGUUUCUGUUUCUGAAUUUGGUACUGAAAGUAAAACCAAACACACAAGUAGUUGCUGAUACAGCAACGGCACCUCCAGCAACCACCAAAACCACCCCACCCUCAACUGCCACACUCACAUACUAUCAACUCAAACACUACUGGUUUCGGUUUGUCCAAUUAACCAAAUCACUCGUAUCACACACGAGGCACACAUACCACAGACUACACGCAAGAUGGGAAAACUAUACAUUAGGAACUAGCGACUUUGUCAAAAUCGUAGGUCCAAGAAACGUGCUCAUCCAGUCGAGCUUCAAUGUGCGUAAACAGUCCAAAAAAGAAGCUGGACAACGUGCGCUGCCACUCAUGCUGUCACCAUCGAAUGGAUUCCUGGAUUCAAAUGUAACGCCGACAACGACAACCACGCCACAGGAUUAUUUGAGCUACGUCACUAUUGAUCCGGAACAAGGUGCAGUUUUCAAAAGCACGCCCAAUUUCAAACAAACAGUUGAUGAAAUUGAACAACGUAAUGGAAACAAAAAGUAG